AUGUCUGCAACAACACCACACAUCAUCAAAGACGACAAGUCCCUCGACGGCGCGACACUAUGCGGGCGGGACGAGCAGAACAAGCGCAGCGCCCAGCCGCGGAGUUCGGGGCAGAGAUUCAAUGUCAACGACAUGGCCGAUAUCCGACGAGGCGCGAUCGACGAGGACGAGGAGCGGCGGCGGAGGAGGAGGAAGAGGUUCACCACCGAUGAGAACGGAGAGAAGAGCAAGAGCUUGGCUUUUAGACUGCUCGACUUUGACGCAUUCCAUCUCUUCACCGACGAAUAG